AUGAGGUUGGAUUGGGAAAACCCCACCGAACCCGGCCAGCAAGUAGCUUCCACGCUGCUCGACUGCUUGACCAAUUGCACCACCCCCGCCUGGACUGAUCCCACCGUGGACAGCGAUCUCUACAUUUUGCCGCAGGUAUUGCCGGUCUUCAACUUGGAAAGGGUUUUCGUACCCAUGGAACUCUUCAACCGAGUUCUGGAUCUUAUCGCCAAAAGCCAAGACACAUGCAUUGGCAUCAGAAAUCUUCUCUUUCCCGGCUCAGGAGAGGACAGUAACGACGUCCUGGAGAUGAUGGAGGAGAGGGCAACGACCAAGACAGCAAUACUGGAGGCAAGGAUACUAGGAAAAGAAAGCCUGAUACAUCGGCCAAAGCUGGUCGCAAGAAGAGAUCUUGUUCUACCCAACACAGGGCUAGAGAUUAUCGAAGCACUCAACCUAUCUCUUCACACGACUCACACACCUCAGACCACACAGCCCAUUGACCACGACAAUGACGGGGAUGCAGGCACCGUUCAAGAGGGUAAAACCAUCCGAUCUAAUGACGGUUGA